AUGAGGGAUCAGAGAGGUAGGGCACGGCGCAGACAGAGACGAGCUGAAGAGAACCUGAGACCAUAUAUUGGCAGAGUAGAGCCAGAAAAGCUUUGUAAGCUCCUGAAAUGUCACAGUCCAGUGGGAUCCUGGUGCCAAGUGGUUCAGGAAAAUGGAAUCCUCAUCCCAAAGUGUGUUUGUCCUCAGUCUUGUCCAUGGCAGAGGGCACCAGUGUGCAGUGUUCUGGGAAAGACCUAUGGGAAUGAAUGUUCUCUGCAUAAAGAAGCCUGCAGAAAGAGACGCCGCACUGGACUGGCUCACAUAGGGCCCUGUCUGGUCCCAAAGGCUAAAUGCACUGAGGAGGAGUUAGGCCAGUUUCCAUACCGUCUCCUAGACUGGUUUCUGCUCCUGAGUCGAAUGGGAGAGUCCUACGCACCUGCUGCCCCGCCCCAGAGCUGCCUCAGCCACGCUCAGAGGACCCAACUCGCACAGAAAAGGUUUGCCCUACUGGACAAGAACAAAGAUGGGAAGUUGAGCCGCAGAGACCUGAAGAAGCUGCAUUACAAGACGAUGCCUCUGGAGCACUGUGCUACACAAUUCUUUCAGUCAUGUGACCGCAACAGGAACAGGAAAGUGACCCUGCAAGAGUGGACGACCUGUCUGGUGGAUCAUUCUGAGGCCUGGUUCUACCAUUUCAUGUCAAUGCGAAUGGGAUCCCGCAAGCUGUGUCCUACAAUCAAAGAGAACUACCUUUGA